AUGAAGGGAAACCUUACCAAAACAGAAUCAAAUUCAUUAUGGAAGUGGAAGGGAAUCAAUUUCCAAACAGGAAAACCCGAAAACAAAUUAUCCGAAUUCUUCAAGGAAAGUGGGCGUAAGCUGGAAGAUUCAAUUCUUGGUCCUGGAAUCGGAGCCGGAAUAGGGUGCGGCAUUGGACUGGGAAUGGGGAUCGCAGGCGGAGCCGGGUUCGAUGGUUCGCCACGGAACCACCUCAAAAUGGUGUUGGGCAUUGGAUUCGGAUGCGGUAUUGGCGUCGGGUUCGGGUACGGGCAGGGAAUAAUUGGCGGAGGAGUCAGCUAUGAAUCCCUGAAAUCUCAUCUAUUCGCGUAA